CGAGAAGAGAUUCAAGCAGAUCGGGGCUAGAUGUUGGAGGGAAUGAGGCUGAAGGGAUGGGCGCUGUCAGCGAAAGCUCUGGUGGGGAUCAGACUCCUUCGAAGAAGAUGAGCGAGCGACAGAGGAUGGUGCGAUAGGAGGUGGCAGAAGGAACCCUCCGCAUGAAGAAGAUGAGAGGAAAACUGGAGGCGGUGAUGGGCGAGGAUGGAGGUGGCGAUGGAGAACGUGCCUUGGGAAAGAGGCCGACGAAGGAAGAGGGUGGGACGGCAAGUAAGAAAGCGAAGAGGCCUGACGAUUUGACCAUCCGCGAAGGACAAGCCGCGGGUGGAGGACAUUCGGCUGAUCCAGGCGCUGCGGCCGCGAGAGAACCUUCGGGGAAAUCGAAACGGAAAGUGGCAGUUGAAGAAGGCGAUGGCGAGAAGAAAACUCGAAGGCGGAAGAUUGUUGAGGCGGCGAGCGGUGGCGAAGGGCCUGUCGGUAAGGAGUACGACGAAGCGGCAGCGUUCUGGCUCGAAUACGAGCGGAAUGAUGUCGGUGAAAUCGUGGAGAAGGAGCUCCCCGUCCAACUGCUCAUCGACCCCAAGAAGGUCAGUCUCAACGAGAACACGAGACACAAGAUGUCUAAGCAGCGAUCGCAGAAGGCCGCGUUCUUGGACAUGCGGGAGGCAUGGGAGAAUGAAGGAAGGUCGGUGGCCAUUCAAGGGAACCCUUCCGGCAAGGAGGCCGAAAAACAAAAGUUCUUUAUGUUCCAAAAGCUGAUUUUGGGAAAGAGUCCGGACGGAGCUCAUUGGACGUUGGCACAAAAAGAUUCGUCGCUCGCCGACAAGGAGUAUGUAGCUGCAGUUGGCAAUGCAUUGAGGCAGUGGAUGCCGCUCGUGACGGUCGGUGAUGACGUUUUCCGCAAAGCCAUGGAAUUCUUGGCGAAAUGGGUGGAGGGGAAGUUGUUGGGCGGCGACGGCAAGACGCCAUUGUCGAGGCCGGGCAAAUACAUGCCUGACUAAUCUCCGGGUCUGCAAGCAAUUCCGGAAAUGGGCUCGAAAGGAACGGCUGGUAAAACGAA